AACUGAUCAACCGGUUAGCCAAAUAUUGAAUUUUUCAGAUCUGGAGAAGAUUGACCAUUAGGAGGGAGGGAGGUACAUGGAAGUGCAGGAAGCGGGAGUUAUAUUCCUCUUCCCUCGGCAAAAGGCGGCGGCAGGUCUGAAGCAGUUCCGCCGCGGCGAAGUGCUUUCAAGCGACGGCACGUCCGCAGCAGGCCUUUCCCGACGGCGGCGGCGGCGGCUGGUUAGAACGGUUGGGCUAAGUAUGUGUGCCGCCCCUUUCAUGAUUGUUACUGCCAAAUGCUUCUGUCAACCAUCAAAUUCAUCCUAAAACACCAAUUCUCUCUCUCCGUUAUCUUCCGUAGAAACUCGGCAUCAGCUGCCGCAGCCCUUGGCUUUGAUUACGAGGAUUCAUCAAUACACACCUCCAGCGGAAAUAAUGAAACUGUCCAAAAAUUAGUCUCUCUUCUCAGCGGUCUCUGCGCGAAGGGAUACUCCUUCGAGAAAUUAUGCGGCGACCCUAGAUUUGGAGGCCUGCUAUCGGUGGUGAAUUCUUCUGAAGUGGAGAAUGUUGUUCAAUUGCUAAGGCUCAAGAAGCCGCAGUUGGCUGUCGACUUCUUCUUCUUGGCGAAGGAGCGUGGAUUCAAGCAAACUGUUUUUUCUCACCUCAUUGUGGCUCAUGUUUUGGCGGGAAAGCAGCAACUAGAGGAACUGAGUUCCCUCUUACAGGGAAUGGUUAGAGAAGAAGGCCCUGAUUCUGCAUAUGCGCUUUGUGAUCUGCUUCAGAAUAACUUCGAAAACUGCAUUUCUUGUAAUGUAGUAUGGAAUAUGUUGGCCUUUUCUUAUUUGAAAGCUGAUAUGGUUGUUGGUGCUCUCCGUGUUUUAUCCAAGAUGAAAGAUUUGAAUGUUGACGUUUCAAUAAUGACAUACAAUAAUUUGUUGCACAGUUUGAGGCACACUAACUCUCUGUGGCAUGUCUACAAUGAAAUAAGAGACUCUGGGGCUUCUUUAAGUGAAUAUACGAAUUCCAUCCUUAUUGAUGGUCUAUGUAGGCAGUCCAUGCUGCAAGAAGCAAUUGCAUUUCUGCAGGAUAGGGGAGAGCGAGACUUUGUUAUUUCUGUGGCUUGCUUCAAUUCUAUCAUGUCAGCAUUCUGUAAAAUGGGUCUUGUGAAUGUUGCAACAUCAUUUAUUUCUAUGAUGUUUAAGUGUGGGAUACUGCCUGAUGUGUAUAGUUACAAUAUUGUUAUUCAUGGUUUAUGCAUGACCGGCUCUAUAACAGAAGCAUCCAGGCUUGUUAACGACAUGGAAGCACAUGGGUUGAAGCCUGAUCUGGUUACCUAUAACAUCCUUUCCAAAGGGUUUUGUUUUCUUGGUAUGAUGAGCGAGUGUUCAGAAAUAUUUAAUCAAAUGCUGCAGAAAGGCAUGCGCCCUGAUAUUGUAAGUUACACAACAUCAAUUUCUGGACAUUGUCAAAUAGGAAAUGUCAAUGAAGCAUUUAAGUUGAUGAAGGAGAUGCAUACACAAGGGAUUCAUAUUCCUGAGAUCACAUACAGCAUGUUGCUUAACAGGUUGUGUAAGAAUGGACUCAUGGUUGAUGCUCUAAACCUGUUUCAGGAUAUAGAAGCUGGUGGUGUAAAACCUGAUGUUGUCAUGUAUUCCAUUCUCAUUCAAGGGUUGUGUAAGCAAGGUCGGAUUCACAAUGCUCUGCAAUUGUAUAGAAGAUUGUGCUCGAAGAGAAUCAUUCCGAAUUCUUUUAUACACAGACCUAUUUUGUCCGGCCUAUGUGAGUACAGAUCACCAAAAGCUGCAAGAAAAUAUUUUGAUGAGCUGGCAAAGAAUGGCUUGAUGGAUGAUAUUGUUUUGUGUAAUAUCAUGAUCAAUAGAUAUGUUAAGUGUGGUGACUUAAAAGAAGUUCGCUGGCUAUACAGAUUUACAUUGGAGAGAGGAAUCACACCAAGCACUGUCACAUUUAAUUCUCUCAUACACGGACUCUGUAAUGCCAGAGAGCUAGUAAAGGCGCGAAAGCUGAUUGAUGACAUGUAUACAUGUGGUUUUGUGCCAACUGUUGAAACUUUUACGACUCUUAUCACAGCAUAUGCUGAAGAGAGAAAUAUGGAAGCGGUUUUUGAAAUGCUCUGCGAAAUGGAGAAAAUAGGCAUACAACCCAAUUGUGUUACUUACACAGUGAUUAUAAAAUUCUUCUGUAAAUAUGGUAGGCUUCUUGAAUCUCUUCAAAUAUUUAAGGAUAUGUUUGCCAAGGGCCUUUCACCUGAUGAACUCUCUUUCAACACUGUCAUAUGUGGGUUUUCUCAAGCUGGAGAUAUGAGGAUUGCCUUUUGUUUAUACAAUGAGAUGUUAAGGAAUAAUGUUCAACCUAAUCAUGUAACUUACAACAUGCUCAUUACUGGUCUGUGCAUAUUUUUGGAUAUAAGGGUUGCUGAUAUGUUUUUCUCUUUUCUUCAAGAUCAGAAUAUAAGUUUAUCAAAGCAAGCCUACACCACUCUUGUAAAAGCACAUUCUGUAAAGGGUGAUGCAAAGAGAGCAAUAGAUCUAUUCCAGCUAAUGAUAGAUAAGGGAUAUAAAGUUUCUAUUAGAGAUUACAGUGCUGUUAUUAAUAGGCUGUGUAAACGCUAUUUGAUGCAAGACGCAUUAUAUUUUUUUCGUAUGAUGCUGUCAAGUGACAUCAUUGCUGACAAAACAAUUAUUUCAGUCAUACACAAUGCUUUGCGUAGUAGAAAUGACCCUGAGUCCAUGCAUCAGUUUUGUUGUUUGGUGAGCAAAUAUGGCUUAGAUCAUAGAUAAAUUCUAGAGCAUACAGAAGUAUAAACAAUUUUGCCCUCACCAUUGGGAAACUUCUUGAUGGAGAAUAUUCGAGUUCUCUCACCAUAUUGCGAUUUUCUGCCACGAGAUUUUGCAAGGUGUUCCAGCUGAAUUGGGAGGACAAAAACUUAUGAUUGAAAUCAAUAAGUGAGGAAAGAUCAUAUACUUUGACCAUGUGAAUGGUGGCUGCCGACUCUGAAGUAUUUAACCGCAGCAACCUAUUAAGUUGCAGAUUGCAACUCCAGUUUUGUCGGCAUCAAUAUGAUCUGAGUGUUGGGAUAAUGGUCCAAACAUAUGAACCAGACCAACACCAUUAAACAAUCGACGGUCUCCCCUUGGACCCAACAUCAGCCCAAUGAUGAAUCAGUCAGGUCCAAUCGAUCCAACCCUAUUUGCAGCUGACCUGAGCAUCCCAAUGAAUCAGUCAAGUCCAAUCCAAGCCUAUUGGCUGCUGACCAGAGCAUCCCAAUGAUCACGAAGGCACAAAGAAUCUUUCCCCGUCCCAAAGAAACAGACUAAAUAGGUCGGCAAUAUCACAAGCGGACACUCGUCCUGGUCGUACCAUGUGUCGGGAAAAUGUCCCUGCAUUUUUUGGACGUUUGUUCGUUCAAGCACGUAAUCACAAGCCACGAAACGUUUGUGUUUGGUCUAUAAAUAUGGUUCUCCAGUGAAGAAGGGACCAUUUUUCUUGUUAUUAUAUUGCUUGUAGCCUAAACAAAAUGCUGCCUAUUCC